AUGGUGGAUGUGUUUGGAAAUCCGUAUGGGGGGAGAGGGGGGCGCGCAGGGGAUGUGGCAGGUGGUGGCGGGAAAGCGAGCUCGGAUGAUGAGAGGGAGGACGGGGGAGUUGUGCGGGGCGGGGCGGGGAUGGGCGGGGAGAGGCGGCAGCAUGUGGGGGGGCCGGGGGGGCGCGUGGGGAGGGAGAACAUGUAUGCGUCGUGGAAUGGAGCUGCGAUGCUGGAGGGAGGAGGGGGAGGGGUGGGGGGGGCGGAGGGGCACAGCGGGAGGCUGCCUCGUGUUGCUGCUCCUGCGUCCGCUGCGGCAGCAGAGGAUCGGGAAGGGGAGGCUGGGAAGCACGGAGACAGCGACAGCGACACUGGCAGGCGGUUACCAAACAGAGGAGUAGCAGCAGCAGCAGCAGCAGCAGCAGGAGGAGGAGGAGGAGGAGGAGCAGGUACUGGCGGAGCAGCAUCAGGCGGCGCUGCUGGCACUGGUGGGGGCGCAGGGGCAGGGGCAGGCGGAGGGGUUUCGGUGGCCCCGUCUCGGUCCCCCUCUGCAGGGGACUCCGCCAGAAGACCCGCCUCGCUGCGGGUGGGGGAGCCGGCAGGCUUUGAGGACGAGGGGGCCGCUGCUCAGAAGAAACCACUCACUCCCAGUGGGGGCGGGGGAGCAGGGGGCGGGGGACCGGGGGGGAGUGGGGGGGGACGGGCGAGGAGCCCGCUUAGAGGGGGGAGCGGGCAUGAGGAGGGCGCGGAGGGGGAGGGGGAGGGGGAGCGGGCGGAUGACGCCCAAGGGGGCGAGGGAACGGAAAUCGGUGAAGUUUGCACUGCCGACGGAUGGAGAGGGGGAGAAGAAGGAGAAGGAGGGGGAGAGUGGAGGGGAGGAGAGGAAGGGUGGCGGUGGGAAGGAGGAGGAGAAGAAGGCAGGGGCGCAGACGUGAUGCUGAUCAGGCAAGAUUGGAGGAAAGAUGCACUCCUAGGCGGGUGUGUGGCGUGUGGCAAGCUGCAGUGUGACUGCCCCACCAACCCUAAUAACCGGGAUGCUGGUGGGGGUGGGAAGAAGGCAGGGGAUGGGGAGAAGAAGGACGGAGGGGAAGUUAAGAAGGAAGGGGAGAAGAAAGAGGAGAAGAAGGAUGGGGGGAAGAAGGAUGGGGUUGAAGAGAAGGCAUCACCGGCCGCAGCAGCAGCAGCGGGGGGGAAGGAGCUGAUGGAUGGGGAGGCGAUGGCUCCCCUGGGCACGAUGAAAUGGAAGCGAGGCGAACUGCUGGGCGAGGGGGCUUACGGCAAGGUCUUCCUGGGUCUGAAUGAAAUGACUGGAGAAUUAAUGGCGGUGAAGCAGAUCAAGAUGACAUCAGCGGGCGACGAGAAGGCGAUGCACAUCGCGGCACUGGAGCAGGAGAUUGUGCUGUACCGGCAGAUGCGGCACCGGCACAUCGUGGCGUAUAUUGACAUGGAGAAAGAUGAAAGUGAUGGCUCGCUCUACAUCUUCCUCGAAUUCAUCUCGGGGGGCUCCAUUCACAGCAUGUUGGACAAGUUUGGCAAGUUCAGCGAGUCCCUGGUGCGAGUGUACACGAGGCAGCUGCUGCUGGGGCUGGAGUAUCUGCACGGCUGCAAGAUCAUCCAUCGAGACAUCAAGGCGGCAACGUGCUGGUCGAUCGGGAUGGGGUCAUCAAGCUUGCGGAUUUUGGGGCCUCCAAGGCGUUUCACGAGGGCACGGUGGGUGAGGGGUGCAAGUCGAUCCGUGGUUCGGUGUUCUGGAUGGCGCCAGAGGUCAUCAAGGGCGAGGGGUACGGCCGCCGUGCUGACAUCUGGAGCCUCGGCUGCACUGUCAUUGAGAUGCUCACCGGCAGCCACCCGUGGCCCAACAUGGACAACACGUGGUCGGCCAUAUUCCACAUCGCCAAGACCACCACAGGCCCGCCCAUCCCAGAGGAGUGCAGCGAAGAAGGCAGGGACUUCCUGGCUGCCUGCUUCAAGCUUGACCCUGGCGAACGCCCCUCGGCCACUGAG